CUGACCAGUGAUAACCUAAACAAUACAUUGACGUGCUGGUACCUACAAUGUUGGCAAUCCUGAGCGCUUGAAUGCACCUCAGGUUCAGCUCAUGAGAUAGCUUGCAAUUCCUGGACAAGCCAAAGAUCGGAUAAUAGGCAAAGAUCAAGGCAUUAUUAAAGGCUUCGUCCGUGAAGAUGCUCCUUAUCUGAGAAUUCCAAGGUUUUCAAUCGUUAAUCUACCAGAUGUCCAAAGGAGGAGUCCUCUCCUGUGAACGCGCUGGUCACACGAACAGGUCCAGUUGAGUAGCCGCAGUCGAGAGAAGCAAUCAUUGUGGUGAAGGAUCUAAGACAAUCAACACGGGGCGCAUUUAAAGAAGCAGGGGAGCAGAGAUUCGCAAAGACAGGUCCAUACCCCAGUCUGCGAGCGGAAGCGAAAGUAGCAAUGGGGUUCAUGCACCGAGUCCCCGGGGGGGAAUCCACCUCCACAAAGUACUUCCUUGCCCUUGUGGCUGUGGUCUUUGCUUUUCUGACUUCAGGCAUCGUCUUUGGCUACUCCGGCCUGAUCAAGGUUUUCGUCUAUGACGUCAAGGCGUUUGCGGAGUUCUGCGAGGGGCCGCCCCCGUGCCACGCACAGACGGACCGCCUCACGCUUAUGUACACCAUUGCGGCGACCACAAUUUCGGGGUGCGCCAUCUUUGUGGGGAUGUUCCUGGACUACUUCGGGCCGCGGAUCACGGCGUGCGUUGGGUCGAUCAUCUUCGGUUUCGGUCUUGCGGCUCUCGCGAUGGCCGCCCACGUGUCGUCUCUGCUAUACUACCUGGGCUACUUUCUACUGGCUCUGGCGGGACCGUGCAUCUUCAACUCCCUCAUCUGCUUUGGGGAGCUCUUCCCCGAAUCCUCGGCGAUGAUCAUCGCCGCUCUGAACGGGGCCUUCGACUCCUCCGCCGUCGUCAUGUUCGCCUUCGGCCAGGCCGUCGACAUAUUCGGCAUUCCCUUCCAACUGGUUUGCCUCGCGUAUAUGGUGGUGCCGGUUACCAUCUUCGUCUGCAGCCUCUUCCUCUUCCCGGACCAGCCGUUCGGAAGCGGGGCCAACUCGAAGAAUAAGGGUGAGAUCUUCCGGGUGUGGAGUCUGAAGCAUACCAAGGAGGUAACGAGGGCCAAAGCGCAAGGGAUCCCCGUAAACGCAGAGGUCACAGUUCCUCUCCUCAACGAUACGGGCGACAAGCCGCACUCGGACAUUUACAACACGGAGUUCACGCAGCAGCUCAAGUCGGGCAUCUUCUGGAGCAUGACAGCUGUCACCGCGUUCCUGGUGCUACGUGUCAAUUUCUACAUCGCCACGAUCUUCGACCAGCUGCUGUUCACGGCCAAGAUGCAGGCGCCGCGCAGCGCGCUCGUCAUGGCAAACUCGUAUACUGCCUUGUUCAACUACGUACUGCCCUUCGGCGGCGUCCUCAUGGUUCCGUUUGUGGGUUGGUCGCUAACCGACCUGGGUUUGGGGCCAUCGUUCUUCCUCAUCGCCAUCCUGAAUGAGACCUUCUCCAUCGUGUCAACCCUCAACUGGAUCCCCAUCAAGUAUCAGAUCAUCGCAUUCGUCGCCUACUCCGCGAACCGUCCGUACCUCUUCGGCGCCAUGGCCGCGUACCUCGGACGCCUCUUCGGUUUCCGCAACUUCGGCAAACUUUUCGGCAUCGCCCGGUUGGCGGGCGCCAUAAGCACAUCGCUAAUCAGCACCCUAACCGAACUCGCGAAGCACAAGUUUGGGGGCGACUACUUCUGGAUUAACGUCGGGUUUGAUGUGGCCGGGUUGUUGCUGUUUAUAUUCCCGUUUUAUCUGGUUCACUACGUCUUUUACGGGUUUGCGAUUCGCCCAAAAGACGUACCCCACGACGAGGACGAGGAUGGCGAGCCGAGUACCGUUUUGGCAUAG